UUGAAAAGUUGCUAAUCAGAUAAUCAGAAUGCAUGGAUGUAUGCGAAGAGUGCGCUGAGUAAUUUAUUUUCAACUAGUCCUUAUUAAUUUAUUAUAUUUAAAUUAAUUUUCUAUUUAGUGUAAAAGCACUUAAGUUUUAAAUUAUCAUAACCAAUUUCCAGUGCCUUAAGUAGUUAUCAUGGCUAAUGCCAUGUUUGGCGUUAUCGUUUCUGGCAGACAGGUCCAAACAAAUUUUGAAUUCAAUGGUUCAACCCAGUUUUUGAUCACAAUACCAGAUGCAGACAAUAUAAAUCACAUUGUUGUCUUUUUAACUGGAGCAACUUUGUUUCCUGACGGAAUGGCAGGUUUAGUCUACUUCAGUUGGCCAGAUCCUUUUGCCCCACCAAGUUUUCAACUCUUAGGUUGUCUGUCGAAUGAAAAACCAUCAGCAAUUUUCAAAAUUUCUAAUCUGAAAAGAAGUGGUGAAGGAGAUCAAGUGAACAGUUUUCCCUUUGGUACCCAAGCAAUCUCACACGUCGCUCAGAUAGGUAUCUCCAUUGAACCUAUCAAUAUUGUUGCACAACAGAAUCAAAUCCUCGAAAGUGCAUCAGAAUCCAAUAAAGCUAAGUUUGUCGAGUUUACAGAAAAAACUGUACAAUAUUUAUUUAAUUAUGUUUGCAGUUUUUCGGUAUCUCCUACGCAAGCCCUUCAGAAUCCCAAUGAACCGUACAUUCCAAUGUCCGCUAUAAAAAAUUGGUACGAAACUUUCCGGCGGAAAUUAGAAUUAAAUCCAAACUUCUGGCAAGCGUUAAAUUAAUUUUGUAAUUUUCUAUCAGAUUUUCUGUAUUAUUCUUAUUUUGUAACCUCGUGUCCCCGUUUAUAUUCCGCAUACUUUUGUUCAGCAAAAGUUUAAAACGGUUUUUACUUAACUUUUGAUAAUUGGUUUUGUUUUCACCUUUUUUUAUUUUUUCUUUUUUUCCCUUUCUUACUCACCUAGACUGAACUCUAUGUGUAAUCAGUGAACUUGAGCUUACCUGAAGAGCUCAGUUAGCUUAGGAGUUGCAUGCCCCUUAACUUUUACAUUGUAGAAUUGGAGCUUUAACACAGCUGAACCUAGAGCUUAAACCAAUUAAGACUCUUCUUGGAAUGGCCUCAAUGAAAUGAAAUAGAAAAAUAUGUUUCUUUUGCAACUGAUUGAUCCUAAUUUUCAAAUCAAGAUUAAAAGAAAUCCUAUGUCCGGAACUUACAGAAAGAGCUUGAAUAUUAAGUACCCAAAGGAUAUAGUCUGAAUAAUUUUCAUUGAACACUGGUUUUGUUGUGUUCUCUAAUAUCGUCAUCAGAUUAAAGUAUGACGUAAAUAUUUAAACUUGAGCUUUUUGUAAUAUUCCUAUUGGAAAAUCGGAAAACUACUGGACAUCCUGCGUUUUCCAAAGAAAUCAUAAGACGCUUCUCUUUGAGAGGCAAAAAAAUAUGCAACCUUCUCAAGAAGAAAAAAAAAAAACUAAUACUAUUUCCAAUUAGAUUCAGUCGCUUUUGCUUAAAAAUUGAAAUCAAUAAUUGAGUUCAGCCCCACAGUACUGCCAUUUUUAAAUCGAUAAUGUUAAGAUUAACAAAGCAUGAUACUCGACUAUACAAAUAUUUCUACUUUUAAAGUGGAUUAAGCCUACAAAAACAUUACUUUGUAGGAUAUUUCUCAAAUUCUAAGUCGACUUUUUUUUUCUUACAUCAAAUAUUUUAAAAUGUACUUGUACACUAAAUUUUCUUGUUAGACUGUUCCUGAAAAAAUCAAAUGGUUCAUUUGCCAGUGUUUGUUGCUUUGUUUUACAGUAAGACCUCGGUUUAUUGGAUUGCGAUUUAACAAAUUGAACUUCCGGUCUCUUCAAGGGCCUAAGAUAAUUCAAAUUUACAGAUCAAUUCGUCAGCCCUGUGAAAUCCUUUAAAUCGAGGUCUUACUGUGUUCAGAAGUAACAUUGUGGAAGGCAGCAGUUCCAUUAGGCUGGAGCUGAUAGCACUACUUACUUCUAAGUCCUAUUUGGCACCAAUUUGGUCAUGUGUGAGCAAGAGCAUGCAUUCUUGAAUUUGUUUCCCGAAAAUCCCGCUCUAAUUAGCAUAAUAUUUCAUUUUGAGGAUAAGUGUAUUUUCAUCAGAUGUCAAUGAGAAAUUUUAAUAGGAACGCUCCAUUGGAAUCGGCCAAAGCUGGACUAUAUCAACACAAUACCAAAACGUGUUUUGUAAUUAGUUUCUGGAAUAUUCGCAGUAAUGCGUGCUUCAUCAUGUCUAAUUGACAAUAAUGUACAAAUAACAUACCACCCCCUCAGAUUUACUAGUGUGUAAAAACAGUUUCUUUCAGUAAGCGUAAAAUUGUCAGCUCAUUCCUCAUUUUAAGUAUGAUUGAUCUCAUAAUGUCUUUAUCACCUUUCAGAUCAGUUAAGUAUAUCCUUGCAACUAGUGGUUCAGUACAGAAAUUUGUUAUUUAACUGGGGGGAAAAAAUACUUCAAGAUCAGGAAGGAACGAUUUUAUGCAGCUGGGUCAAGCGGCAGUAAUUUCGGAUGCAGGGGUUGGAGGCCUGUAAGUCUAAAAAAGUGUUUGAGAUGUGGGUAGACCUUGAACGACUGUUGCAGAAUAGGUGAAAACUAGUGAGCAAAAUUACUUUCUUAUUAGCCAAAGUUAUUUCAAAGGUAAAAAUUUUGAAGUUGUUUAUAUUCCAUGUAAAUAGGUACCUCCUGUUGUCCAAAGUAAGAAUACUGCUACUUCACUCUAGGAUUUUCAGUUUUUUUUCUGACAAAAUUUUCUUUCACAAGCAAUCGUGCAAUACUUGCACCGAGAUGGAAAAAAGAAACACUUGAUACCUAAUAGCUUGAUGUGUCUCAAGUGGGGGAACCCCAUUUGAAAAUAUUGAUAUUAGAAAGGGCUGCUCCCCCCCCCCCCCCCAAAAGUUUUCCCCUUUGAUGAUUAGGACAACAGUCCAUACUGGAACAUUUUAACUCAAUAAUUGAAAAGUUAUGGCGUAUUGAGAGUUUCUCUUGCCCAUUCCGGUAUAUUUCUAGAAUGAAUAUGCCGUUUCAUCAGGUCUCAUCCUGUGAACAAUGACGAAAGAAGGUAAUCUGGUUUUUUAUGUGCUUGAGUGUUUUGUUCCAAAAAAAAUUGCAAAAUCUAGGGUAAUGUUAUAGCGUUCUUACUAUUGAUGGCAAAAUAACAGUCGCCAGCAGUAGCAACCCACAGUAAAUGGCAACAAUGUUUUUCUUCUAGAACUGCCAAUUUAGAACCCAAGAAACUUCCUCAAGCAUCUUCAAGCUCUGCCACUUGACACUAGCUGCACAUCAUCAACUUUAGUAGCCCUGCAUAUCAGUCAAUUGCAUUUUAUUUUUUUGCAGUUGAAAUUUAUGGAGCCAGUAUCGCUAAGCAAACUCCAGUCGACCGACUUAGAUCAGAGCUCUCUGAAAUUUUCGGAAAAGACGUCAAGAUCUGUGUAUCUGCAUUUAAUUUUUUGCUCAAUAAAACUAUCACUAAGGCUCGGUUUCCCGCUCUUAAUUUUUUAUUUUCUGAACUAAUCAAUCUUAUUCUUUUAUGUUGAACUCAAGUUAUGUUCACUUAACACAAUGUGUUCUGUAACUUAGAAAUGUUUCUUUAAUUUAUUUUUUAUGAGAGAUUGUGAUAAACUUGUGUGAUUUUCUCAACCACUGUGGGUCUUCAUGAAAACCAGACAAAUUUAGAUCCUCGAGUAUUUGUAAUUUUGUAAUUGUAUAAAGUUUCAGUUUUUAAUUUCUCGAUGAGAAAAACCUGUGAAAUUGUCAACUGUACUUGGAAGAUUGUAAAUUUCUUGUUUUUCUGUCCUUCAAAAGCUUUUCUUUAAAGCAUUUUGAUUAAUACAUAUAUUUGUAAAAAUUA